CUCGCUGCGGCUGCGGCUGGGGCUGGGGGCGGCGGCGGCGGCGGCGGCGGCGGCGCGGGCGGCGGGCGGCGCGGGGCGGUCCGGCGGGUUCAAAGAGGAAAACAUGGCGGAAAACAAAGGCGGCGGCGAGGCUGAGAGCGGCGGCGGGGGCAGCGGUAGCGCGCCGGUAACUGCCGGGGCCGCCGGGCCCGCGGCGCAGGAGGCGGAGCCGCCUCUCGCCGCGGUGCUGGUAGAGGAGGAGGAGGAGGAAGGCGGCAGGGCGGGCGCGGAGAGCGGCGCGGCCGGGCCCGACGACGGGGGGGUGUCCGCGGCCUCCUCCGGCUCGGCCCCGGCUGCCUCAGCCCCUGCGGCCUCAGUGGGCCCUGGAGUUCCCGGGGGCGCGGUAUCGACGCCGGCCCCAGCUCCAGCCUCGGCUCCCGCUCCGGGUCCGUCGGCGGGGCCGCCUCCUGGACCGCCAGCCUCGCUCCUGGACACCUGCGCCGUGUGUCAGCAGAGCUUGCAGAGCCGGCGUGAGGCGGAGCCCAAGCUGCUGCCCUGCCUUCACUCCUUCUGCCUGCGCUGCCUGCCGGAGCCGGAGCGCCAGCUCAGCGUGUCCAUCCCGGGGGGCAACAACGGCGACAUCCAGCAAGUUGGUGUAAUACGGUGCCCAGUAUGCCGCCAGGAAUGCAGACAGAUAGACCUCGUGGAUAAUUAUUUUGUGAAAGAUACAUCUGAAGCUCCUAGCAGUUCUGAUGAGAAAUCAGAACAGGUAUGUACUAGUUGUGAAGACAAUGCAAGUGCAGUUGGCUUUUGUGUAGAAUGUGGAGAGUGGCUAUGUAAGACAUGUAUUGAAGCACAUCAAAGAGUAAAAUUCACUAAAGAUCACUUGAUCAGGAAGAAAGAAGAUGUCUCAGAAUCUGUUGGAGCAUCUGGUCAGCGCCCUGUUUUCUGCCCUGUACACAAACAAGAACAGUUGAAACUUUUCUGUGAAACAUGUGAUAGAUUGACAUGUAGAGACUGUCAGCUAUUGGAACACAAAGAACAUAGGUACCAGUUUUUGGAAGAAGCUUUUCAAAACCAGAAAGGUGCAAUUGAGAAUCUACUGGCUAAGCUUCUUGAGAAGAAGAAUUAUGUUCAUUUUGCAGCUACUCAGGUGCAGAAUAGGAUAAAAGAAGUAAAUGAGACUAACAAACGAGUAGAACAGGAAAUUAAAGUGGCCAUUUUCACCCUUAUCAAUGAAAUUAAUAAGAAAGGAAAAUCUCUCUUACAGCAGCUAGAGAACGUUACAAAAGAAAGACAGAUGAAGUUACUGCAGCAGCAGAACGACAUCACAGGCCUUUCCCGGCAGGUGAAGCACGUUAUGAACUUUACGAACUGGGCAAUUGCGAGUGGCAGCAGCACAGCACUACUGUACAGCAAGCGACUGAUUACUUUUCAAUUGCGCCAUAUUUUGAAAGCACGGUGUGAUCCUGUGCCUGCUGCUAAUGGAGCAAUUCGUUUCCAUUGUGAUCCCACCUUCUGGGCAAAGAAUGUAGUCAAUUUAGGUAAUCUAGUAAUAGAGAGUAAACCAGCUCCUGGUUAUACUCCUAAUGUUGUAGUUGGGCAAGUUCCUCCAGGGACAAACCACAUUAGUAAAACCCCUGGACAGAUUAACUUAGCACAGCUUCGACUCCAGCACAUGCAACAGCAAGUAUAUGCACAGAAACAUCAGCAGUUGCAACAGAUGAGAAUGCAGCAGCCCCCUGCACCUGUAUCAACAACCACAACAACAACACAGCAGCACCCUAGACAAGCAGCCCCACAGAUGUUACAGCAACAGCCUCCAAGAUUGAUCAGUGUGCAAACAAUGCAAAGAGGCAACAUGAACUGUGGAGCUUUCCAAGCCCAUCAGAUGAGAUUGGCUCAGAAUGCUGCCCGAAUACCAGGGAUACCCAGGCACAGCGGCCCUCAGUAUUCCAUGAUGCAGCCACACCUCCAAAGACAACACUCAAACCCAGGGCAUGCUGGACCCUUUCCUGUUGUGUCGGUGCACAACACCACAAUCAAUCCAACCAGCCCUACUACAGCUACCAUGGCAAAUGCAAAUCGAGGUCCCACCAGCCCAUCUGUUACAGCAAUAGAGCUAAUCCCCUCAGUUACCAAUCCUGAAAACCUUCCAUCACUGCCAGAUAUUCCACCCAUACAGUUGGAAGAUGCUGGUUCAAGUAGUUUAGAUAAUCUACUAAGUAGAUACAUCUCAGGCAGUCAUCUACCCCCACAGCCUACAAGCACCAUGAAUCCCUCCCCAGGACCCUCUGCCCUGUCUCCAGGAUCAUCAGGUUUAUCCAAUUCUCACACACCUGUGAGACCCCCUAGUACCUCUAGUACUGGCAGUCGAGGCAGCUGUGGGUCAUCAGGAAGAACUGCUGAGAAGACCGGUCUUAGUUUCAAGUCUGAUCAAGUGAAGGUCAAGCAAGAACCUGGGACUGAAGAUGAAGUAUGUAGCUUUUCAGGAGCUGUGAAACAAGAAAAGACAGAGGACGGCAGGAGGAGUGCCUGCAUGUUGAGCAGUCCUGAGAGUAGCUUGACACCACCUCUUUCAACCAACCUGCAUCUGGAGAGUGAGUUGGAUGCAUUAGCAAGCCUGGAAAACCAUGUGAAAACCGAACCUGCAGAUACAAAUGAAAGCUGCAAACAGUCAGGGCUCAGCAGCCUUGUUAAUGGAAAGUCCCCGAUUCGAAGCCUCAUGCACAGGUCGUCAAGGAUUGGAGGAGAUGGCAGUAGCAAAGAUGAUGAUCCAAAUGAAGACUGGUGUGCUGUCUGCCAAAAUGGAGGGGAUCUCUUGUGCUGUGAAAAAUGUCCAAAGGUCUUUCAUCUAACUUGUCAUGUUCCAACACUUCUUAGCUUUCCAAGUGGGGACUGGAUAUGCACAUUUUGCAGAGAUAUUGGGAAACCAGAAGUUGAAUAUGAUUGUGAUAAUUUGCAACAUAGUAAGAAGGGGAAAACUGCACAAGGGUUAAGCCCCGUGGACCAAAGGAAAUGUGAACGACUUCUGCUUUACCUCUAUUGCCAUGAAUUAAGUAUUGAAUUCCAGGAGCCGGUUCCUGCUUCGAUACCAAACUACUAUAAAAUUAUAAAGAAACCAAUGGAUUUAUCCACCGUGAAAAAGAAGCUUCAGAAAAAACAUUCCCAACACUACCAAGUCCCAGAUGACUUUGUGGCUGAUGUCCGUUUGAUCUUCAAGAACUGUGAAAGGUUUAAUGAAAUGAUGAAAGUUGUUCAAGUUUAUGCAGAAACACAAGAGAUUAAUUUGAAGGCUGAUUCAGAAGUAGCUCAGGCAGGGAAAGCAGUUGCAUUGUACUUUGAAGAUAAACUCACAGAGAUCUACUCAGACAGGACCUUCGCACCUUUGCCAGAGUUUGAGCAGGAAGAGGAUGAUGGUGAGGUAACUGAGGACUCUGAUGAAGACUUUAUACAGCCCCGCAGGAAACGCCUAAAGUCAGAUGAGAGACCAGUACAUAUAAAGUAAAAUGACAUGAACUUAAAUAAUUGUUUAAAAAAAAAAAGAGAGAGAGAAAAGAAAACCUUUUAUUUAAGUGUUGCUGGAAUAUCCUGCCUACAGUGGGCACCUCCUUGAAGAAGCUGAUAGCUUUUACACAGUAUUAGAUUGAAGUAAUGGACAGAAGUCACUUCUUGUCAAGAAAGGGGGAGAGAACUCUGUUUGCAACUUUAAAAGUAAAAACAAAAAGCAAAAGUGAAAUGAUAUGAAGAUUUCUGUAACUACAGAGGAUGGUUCUUUAGAAUGGCAGUUGGUGAUCAUGUGGUAUUGAUUGGUGCAGGAUGCUGGGCAUACAGGUACAUACUUGAGGGUCAUGUCGCUUGAUAAAUUAUUUCUUUGGACAAGAGUGCACAGAUACUAAAAACAACUUUCACGUCUCCCCUUCCACACACAUACAUACUGGUUUGUUUUCUAGCUAAAAUCAGAGUUGCUCAGAUUCCACUUUGAUGUCAGUGCAGAUGUGCAUUGAAUCAUGCCAUGACAUUUUUUUCUCACUUUGAUGCUGUUGGGCCUUAGUUUUUAUAUUGGUUUAAAGAACUCAACAGUAGUUUUAUUUUCUGUUUAUACCUAGAGUCUAGGAAACAUCAGUGAUCAUCAUUUUAAUCACUUUUAAUGGUCUGCUGAAAUAAAUACGGUAACUUUUCAGCAGCAGAUCUUAUAGUAGUCAUUUCCAGGAAAACACUUCCACACAAUUGCACUUCCCAGUCAGACCAUCUGAUCAUACAGUUACUCCCAUCAAAGGCAGAAUGUUUGUUUUAAAAUUAACCUAGUUUUCUGUACAUUUGAAUUUGAUUGAGAAGGUGACAACUGGCUCUUAUCCAGUCUUCCUUCAUAUCAGUUUUCUGAUAGACCACUAUUGGCAAACAGUAAUCUGUCAACUACCAAAUGUGUAAAAUUUUCUGUAUUUCACUUUGUCUUAUUUGUAAAUAGUGAACUAAAACUUCUGGCAGAUCAGCAACAUUUGCUGAGCCUGUUUUUUAAGCUAAUGUGUAUUCUUACUAAUGUUCCUAUCAAGAAUGGAUUUGUAAUAUAUGCUGUCUAUUUCUAAUGUUCACAUUCAUAUUUUGAGGUUCUAUCUUAUUUUAAUAGAGAACAGACUUCUCAGAAAAUCUUCAGAAGCAGCUUAUUAUUAAAUAUCAAACUAUUGAAAUAAACCCGGUGGGGUUAGAUUACUCAUCUGUCCACCAAGUGGGACAUUUGCAUGGACUGGGGGCUUAAUGGACUUAGAAGAGGCCUGUAAGUAAAUCCUGAAAAUGAGCCAAUCCCCACUUGAAUGGUUACUGGAGUAAACCCACCUUUACUACCCUGAGUUCAGCCCCUGAGGCAGAUAAACCACCUUGGCUUGGUUUCAUUUUUCUUCUCUUCAUUUGUGAUGCUCAGAUCCAAGAUGUGUGUUCUAGACUGUGUACAGGCUUCUCUUUUGUUGGAUUAAAAAAUUUAGUCCUACUUUUGUAUGGACACCUUAGAAUAAAAGUGACCAAAAUAGAAGACUUGCCAUUAGGUAUUUUUCAGACGUCAGCAGAUUUGUGGCAAAUCAUUUGCCUUUUUAAAACUUCGGCUUCUGCAGUUCAGACAGUAGACUACUCAGUAAAAAUUAUUUGGCAUAAUUGUCUGAGGUAAAUAUUUUUUAGUGCAUAUUGAAUCAAAUAAAGUGCUCUAAAGAAAUUAUUAUACAAAUUCCUUUGGGUUGUUUUUCUUUUCUUAACAAGCGUGGGGGGUAAACAUGAAUAUUAAUCAGGCCUUCUGAUGGUGUAUGUAAGUGGUGUUGAUUUUAUUACUGCUGUUGACUUCAUUCUGUGACUUUCUUUUAGCAUCUCUUUCAGUUUUGUUAUAAGUUCAGCUUUAAAACUUACACCGAACUGUUUUAUCAUUUUACUCACAUUUCAGAUACCUAAGAAGAGUUUUCUUAAAAGAGGGAGAGAAUCGUUUUAAAAUGCUUUAUUUAUGUGCAUUUCCCUCUUUCCUACAACAUUUAUGAUUUGAGUUUAUCAGGCAUAUCUAGGGCACAUUUGGGAUGGUGAAGAGUAGCAGUAUAUCUUCCUUUUGUCAAGCCAUUGAUUUCUAAUAUUUUACACUUGUUCUUCAGUUGAGUCCUUUUCAUGAUUCUUAGUUAAGUCUUUUAUAUAGGUUCUACCAAUGGGGGAGAAACUAAAUUUUAAGUAAAUAUUUAUUUCUUGAUAUUUGGGCCUUAAAAAAUAAUGUGUUCCCUUAAAGAUAUUUCUAUGUUAGGUGAAAUUUUUUUUUUUCUUUUAAGAUUGGUUUUUGAAAAGCCACUUUACUGUCAACAUUUAAUAGGCUCCGUUUCUGUUAACAGAAGAACAAUUCAUACUACUGAGGAUUUACUAUUAAGUAAAUAGCUAUCAACAAACUACCCUUAAAUGCAAGUUUAGAUUUCAUGGAAGCUUUUUUCUUGUACACUGAUCCGUGUGUUCCUAAGCUGAUUUGUUCAGCCACUAUCUGAUAUAACCAUUAGAAAAAGUAUAAAAGCUUAAAUUGAUAUUCAGAUGUCUUCAUGUUUUUUUAUUAAUUUAUAUUUCAAAAAAACAAACAUUUAACAUCAAUUUCUAAAGGCAGUUUAAUACUCUUUCUUUAUUAAAAGACAGUAUUUUAGACUUGGAGAUGUUAAAUGUUAACUUAAAAACUCGGAAAACUUUGCAAUACUUCAUUUCCGAUCUCCCAUCAGAACACUAAAAGCAAAGUGUUCCUCAGUCUGUUCUGGUGGCCUAAAUUUUUUUUUUUUUUUUUAAGCACUUGGCUCAGCUAAUUCACUGAGUAAAGGAAUUGUUUUGCAAGGUGAAGCAUGUACGUGUCCCAAAGUAUGGUUAGGUUGUAGGUCAUGAUCUAUAUAGAAACAUCGAAUCAUUACCACAGAGAUAAUAAGGCAUUGGAUCUCUUGUUGAAAUUAUUCUUUUUGGAAUCAACGAGGUACUUUCUGACUUCUAUGUCUUAUAUAAAGGAAUUUUAAAUAAUAUUAAAGUCAGUUCUCACUUUUUGUUGUAACAAUUUUUGAGGUUUUUAGUUGAUCCAAAGAAAUAAUGUUUUUAAGUAGAAGCAAGAGGUUUAUAAUGAGCAAAUUGUUGGUUUUACCAGUUACCUCAGCAGAUAUCCUGCCCAUGUAAUUAUUAGUGAUGAGUGUUAAUAAGCCAGUAGAUUUAGGUCUUCUGACUGUGCCCUCGGAUUUUGGCCUACCACAUGUUAUUCAGCAAUCUCUUAGUAUCCAAAUUGGGAAUAGAUGCUGUGGCCCCCCUCUCCCUUGGCCUUUUAAGUCCCUUAGCCAUUCUCACUCACAACACAGGAUAUAUAAAGAUCUCGUUUCUUGUUGAAGUCAACACUGCUUAUUUGCAUACUCAGCAUUGGAUCGGUGAGUAGUUUUAUAAAAUCCACCCACCCUAACUCCCUUAAUUAAAACAAUCAGAUUCUUAAUUCAUACCAUCUGUAUUAAUAAUCUGCUGAAGAUGAUCCAAGGUUUUCAAGGUGUAUCAGUUUGAUCUUGAAUUUAACCUGGAUGCUUUCUU